CGCUUAACUUACAGUUAAAUAUUACCGCGGCUCAAUUUUCUAAAUUCGGUUAUAGCCAUGGGUCCUGAGUUGCAUUGUUCCCGCUUUCAGUGCCAUCAAUUGCUCAAACGUUUGGUCCACGUUGGGAGGCGAAAGCUUGAAAAUUUUGAACGACAUAGCCCAGGCAAGUUACUUAACCGCCACUUAUUGUGUAAGGCUUUAAGUACUUGGAAAGCUAUGCGUUCCUCACAAAAUUCCCAUAAAUGUUGGUCUGCCAUAGAGCCUACGUGUUCAAUCGGCUUUGAUUGGAAUGAAGAUAGUGAAUUCAUCAGCGUAUGUAAUUUAACUGUGUCGAACACUAGUUAUUGCGAUCUCUUGUCAAAUACAACCGUAGGCAGUGUUGAUGAGGAUGUUAUAUCUAGUGAUCAUCAUUAUGCAUCACCCAUUUUAGUUCUAGAUCCUAAUCAGUAGUUAUUCAGAGAUUGAGUUUCUUAAUGUUAUUUCACUGUUAAUCCCUUUCUUUCCUUCAACUCGACUACUCAUCAGGCGACAUUUAAAUGAAAGAAAAAAGUUCGAAAUUAAUCUUGGUACCACUGUCUUUCCACUUGGGUUUGGUGUCUCGCUCGCUCCAUGCCUCAAGAUUGAUUCCCACCCUCAACUGCUUUGUAUGAAGCGACUAUUUGUACAUAAAUUUCCAAUAAUAACAUGUUGAAUUCCAUUUCUCGUGUCUUCUAUUGUCAGUUCUAGCAAAUGGUAAAAGUGUUUCGGAUAUCUUUAAGUAACAAAAUGAUUCGUUGGCCAUUCUUAGACGGAAUUUCUAGAUGCUAUAAUCUCGAAUUAGUGGCACGUCGAAAUUGUGACCAAGUUCUCCUUGGCUUUACUGUCUUCUGUGACAAGCUAUUUUACGGCGUUACGUUUUUUUAGCAGAAAAUUCCAAUUAGAAAUUCAAAGUGAUUCACAGUUCUUCCAACGCAAUCUAUUUCGGUGGGCAGUCCAAAGUGAGGAAGAGGCGUCGUGUAUGGUUUGUUGUCGCUGAAGAACUUGGCGGACUACGACAUCUUCGAUAAAAGUAAAAAGUCCUUCCGACUAAUAAGACGUGACGGAAGUAAUAUGGUUUUAGGGAUAGCCAAUAUCUGUUAUUAUUCCUUCCCGCAAACGAGGUUGGCUAAUAAAUAUUACACCCCCCUAAACUACAAGUAUUCCGGGUUCCUCUGGUAUGGUUUCAAUAUUACAAAG